AUGGAGAUAGAAAACAAAAGUCAUCUAGAAAGAACAGCAGCAGAACCGCGCCAGGCCGCACUCCACAAGGUCAUCCUGAAGAGAGUUGACGAGGUUAACGACACAAUCCGUGUUCUUCGCCUCGAGAUCCCAGACAGGGGAUCCAUAAGGUUCCUACCAGGACAAUGGCUAGAUGUCUACCCCCCCACCGUCCCCAAAGCCGGCGGCUUCACCAUCACCUCCCCGCCCUCCCGGGUCUCACCCACCGCUAACUCGGCCGGAUUUCUCGAGCUCGCCAUCCAAAAGUCCCCCGACAAUCCCGCCGCCGCCUGGCUGUGGGGAGCCGAGGACGACAUACUGGGCUCGGAGCUGGACGUGCGCGUCGGCGGCAGCUUCGUCUGGCCGCCGCCGGGCAUCCUAGCCUUUGCGCUGCGCAAGGUCGUCUUCGUGGCUGGCGGGGUGGGCAUCAACCCCGUCAUGAGCAUGCUCAGCGCCGUGGCCGAGCGGCCGGGAGGCGCGUUCGACGUCCACGUGUUCUACUCGGUGAAGGAUCCCGGACCCGAGAGGGAGGGCGAUAAGAUCCUAUUUCUUGAGAGGAUCGCCACUCUCUUUGCUAGGGGUAAGAUUCGGGGCUCUCUGAAGCUCUUCCUUACUGGGAGUGGAGAUUCUGUUACCGGCGACCCACAACGAGACGUCGUGUCCUGCAACGAAGUUGAUGUGCCGUUUGAAAGGAGGCGGAUCACUGUCGAUGAUGUUGCGGGAGCAGUUCAGGCGGACAAGAGAUUCGCAGUGGUGUAUAUUUGCGGAGUUCCAACGAUGACAGAUCGCUUUGUGACGGAGCUCGUUUCGCCGGAUGGUCUUGGUAUGGAACCGCACCGGGUCCUGUGUGAGAAGUGGUGGUAG